UGGUUUUCCACUUUCUUUUGAAUACCCUCCUGGAGCUACUUAAUUGACAUCUCUCUUUAUUCACGCAGCCUCUCGCGGGGCAUUGCGAUUUUGGCAUCAGUGCUGCGUACGAGAUGCAUUGUUCUGUAGCUGCUUGCCCCCACUUUGACGCGAACGUGUCUAGAACGUCACCCGUUGGCGUGCGCGACCCAGGCUCGACUGAAGCGUGCACUCCGGGGUUUUCGUGCUUACGUAUCUACUUACACCCUUUACUGUGACCUCAGUGUUGUAUCACAGUUUUCUUAUAACGUACUCGUUCUACGGCCCGUCACGUUAGUCUUUGCCCUUUUGUGCCCUGCCCAUGUAUCACCAAAACAAUCUGCUGUACGAUUCCGUGGGCCGAAGGCUGUCGACCAACCCAUUCCGCCAAAUCGGCGCUCAGGGUGCCGUGCUGUCAACCCCUCUGAGUAACUCGGCGUUUGACGAGUGGGUCCAAAAAAACAGGGGUCUCAUGUCAGACCAGUCUGACGAGGAGGAGCAACAAGCAUUUCAAAGACCGUCGUUUCCCAGCCAGACCAGAACAGGUAGCGAUACAAAUGUCAAUUAUAGCAGAACCAUGUCCUCCAAUAAUCCCUUUGCUUCCGCGAUGAAUGGGGAAUACAAACACCACAGAGACCCUCCACCUCCUCCACCUGCUCAGGCCACGAGAUUAAAAUCGCCAUCCAAAGACAUAAAGUCACCGCAAAAAAUGGUCCCGCCUCCCCCAUCUUACGAAGAGGCGGCUGGCCCAAAAGCACAAUCGAAAACAUACCCCAAGGAGAAGGAGUCGCUGAAACUGUCCUUGCGCUCCAGUAGACCUCACCGAUCCCAUAGCGACUCAGCAAAACACAAAGAGAGAAAAUCACGUCACAAGUCAAAAGAAUCCAAAAAGAAGGCCGUGGCUCCACACCAACCCAAAAACUUAGAUGUUAUUGAUAAGUUAGAUGUCAGCGCAUUUUUUGGCGGCCGUUUUCACCACGACGGGCCAUUUGACGCCUGUGCACCUCACAGAAACAAGAACGUGAAAGCUGCUCCUGUCAUGGCUUUCCCUGCAGACGGGCCCAACAACUCCAUGAAAGCAAACGCGGGUCCAAAGGAUAAUAUAGAACUUGCGUUCGGAAACAUAGAAGACCACAACAUGAUCAUCGGGAGAUCUGCCAGGCUGCACUCCGCUACAAAAGGAUCCCCACAGGCUAAGCCCUUUGGGACCCAAGGUGACAUUCCUCGCCUUAACCCAUCUGUUGUGGCGUUCGAUGCUCACGAGAAAGCAGCUCCGAUCCAUGGGUUUUCGACCGCUGGAUUGGGUUCGACGACAUUCCUCAAUGGAGCUCCUGCGCCUAAGUUAGACGAUUCUUCUUCAUCGCCCAGUGCAAACAAGGGUGGUCUCGGGCGGAAAAAGUCAUUGGCACAGAGGCUAAGGAAAAACAGCGGCAGUGAUGUUACAGCACGCCGAGGAUCAAAUGACAGUUCCACCGAGUAUCGCAGCUCAUCAUUCGAGGAGGAAGAGGGAAGCUCUUCUUUGUUGCUGAGGGUCAGAAGCUUGAAGGUGGGAAGAAAAUAGAAAGGUUAGUGCCGGCAGGCUUUCAAAACCACUGACUGCGAAAUUUCUCAACACGUUAACUCAUGGUAUGGCGCGAUGGCAAGGCGAUGAUACUAGCAUGCCACAGUGAGAGGACGUCUGGCGGACAGACGUGCCCUUGGCAGGCGCUUCCUUUUAGUCCGAGAAAAAUGUUUAGGUUUCACUAGAGACCUACAGUUGAUUUUCGUGGUGAACAACACCACUUGGAACUAGCUCGCUGUACCAAGAUUCGGUUGUCCUUGUGCUGUGGUUUGGUGAGAUGAUGUGC